AUUCAUAUUCUGCUAUAAACGACUGCCGACAGAUUUAACGUAUUCCACGUUUUGUACCAAUAAUACAUCGCGUCUUUAUUGUCGGUUUAGGUUGCAAAAUAUAAAAUUUAAUUGAUUAUCACUGCUGAUUUUAAAAAUGAAAAUUAAAAGUUAUAGUUAUUAAAAAGCAUUUAGAAGUAUUGUAGAGAAAUUCUUGUUUUUAUUUCCAAUGGACCCAUCAGAAAAAGACCAGCACACUGAUCAUCAUAUCAUUACGAAUGAUGAGAAGAUCAAUGAAAAUGGAGAGGUCAACGAAGCCAUUAAUUUAAAAGACUCGCCAGGUAGACAAAAAUUACGAAGUUGGUUGAAUCGACGUCUAUGGAUAAAAAUGACAGAUGGACGAAUAUUAAUUGGUUCGUUUUUGUGUACUGAUAGAGAUGCAAACAUCAUUUUAGGACUUUGUGCCGAAUAUUUAUCAGAUAACUUAGACCUUGAAGCAAGAACUUUAGGAUUGGUUAUGGUACCAGGAAGGCACAUAGUAUCAAUCCACUUGGAUGUUUAAGAAUGAAAAUCUGAACUAAUUCAUAUUUUUUAUUUACUUAGCUUAUUUAUGAAUUUAGUAUACUGGAGAUGAUCAGUCUUCAUUGAAAAAUGUUCAUUCAAUUAUAAUAUGACAUAAGCCUUGUACAAAAGUUGUAAAUAAACAUUUAUUAAGUCAUAUACAA